GCUUCUCCUUUUUUUACAACACUCUCUGCAACAAAAGAUAAAAAGAAAACAAAGAAGCCUCACAGUGUUUAAAUUAAUCAGAAAAAAUGAAAUUCGAAAUUGAAAAUUAACGACUCUAUCAUUUCUCAUUCCCAAUUCACCCCGAAGAAAUAAUUUAUUUCCAACAGUGUCCCCAUUUCGCCGCUAAUUAUCAAUGGCUCCACCGAGCUCAGCGUCGCCGGUGGCGUUAUCGAGGCCGGUAGCUCAAAGGAAGGUCCGUCCUGCAGCUGACUCAUCGGAGAGCUACCGCCGGCGACGGCGUCCGCGGCCGAGGUUAUCGGUAUCGCCGCCGCCGAAGAAAUUCAGGUCGAUGGAGGAGAUCAUGAGAGUGGCGAAGCGCGUGGAGUUGCCGCCGGAUGACGACAGCGAAGACGACGGCAACGACGGCGAGGAUGUUAUGUGCGAGCAAUGUGGCUCAGGGGAAAGGCCGGAGGAGCUGUUACUCUGUGACAAAUGUAACAAAGGGUUUCAUAUGUUAUGCCUUCGGCCUAUUGUAGUUCGCGUUCCAAUUGGACCCUGGCAUUGUCCUCAUUGCUCGGGUGAUCAAAAUCGCACAAUCAAAAGUUUUUCACAAAAGAAGAUAGUUGAUUUCUUUGGGAUUCAGAAAGGCAGUGAAGUGAUGGUAAAAUGUACAUCUGCUCAAGAUAGCAGAAAACGUCGGAGGCGCUGCUCACUAGUUUUCCACAAGAGACGUAGAAGGAUAUUGCCAUUCACUCCAACAGAAGAUCCUCGCAGGAGGCUAGUUCAAAUGACAUCUCUUGCUUCUGCACUGACAGCUCUCAAUAUGGAAUUCAGCGAUGAGCUCACUUACAUGCCUGAUAUGGCUCCUAGAUCUGCUAACUGUGCUAAGUUUGAAAGCGGUGGAAUGCAGGUUCUCUCAAAAGAAGAUACUGAAACCCUGGAGCAGUGCAGAGCUAUGUGCAAAAGAGGCGAAUGGCCUCCUCUCAUGGUAGUUUUUGAUUCCCGUGAAGGCUAUACUGUAGAAGCUGAUGGGCCUAUAAAGGACCUGACAAUAAUAGCAGAAUACACAGGCGACGUGGAUUAUAUCAGGAAUCGGCAGGAGGACGAUUGUGAUAGCAUGAUGACCCUUCUUUUAGCAAGUGACCCAUCAAGAAGUCUCGUUAUCUGCCCUGAUAAGCGUGGAAACAUUACUCGGUUCAUUAAUGGCAUAAAUAACCAUACACCGGAGGGUAAGAAGAAGCAGAACCUGAAAUGCGUGAGAUACAAUGUAAAUGGUGAAUGCCGUGUUCUUUUGGUAGCGGUUCGUGAUAUUGCUAAGGGAGAGCGGUUGUACUAUGAUUAUAAUGGAUAUGAGCAUGAAUAUCCAACACAUCAUUUUGUUUAAAUUUUACCUUAUGUAGCUUUCCUAGUGAGCCUAGGAUCAGGAGAUUCUUUCUUCUUAAUACCUAUACAACUAGUUCAAGUUAAAGCCUUUUUUCCCCCUUUUCUUUUUCUUGAUUUUCAAGGUGUAGAGCUGAAUGGUGGCCAUUUAGAUGGAGAUAGAUACACCACAGAGGAGAAAAUUGCGGUCAGAGUCCGGAGAGUUUUGGAGAUUUAAGUUGCUAGGUGACAUUGUGACUUUCAGUUAUACAUUGACAUUUGUAGACCUUAAUCUCAUACAAUUGUUUUAAGCACAAAAAUGGCUCAGUUUUACAGAGUUUUAGAGGUAAUUCUUUCUUUUAUUGUCCAUUCUUGACCAUUUUUGGUUAAUGUAAAGGCAUCUUGGAAGGUUACCUUUUGAA